UUAGAAUCUGGCAUCUCAUUGGCCGGUAAAUUUCAUUUUCAGACUCUGGACCAAUCCGAGACCUCGAACCACAAAGCUUAGGAAAUUAGUUCGUGGUCAAUAUGGGCGCCAAGAGUGUAGUCAUUUCUCUUCCGAGCCAAAAUUCUGCAAAAAUUUUGAAAUGGAAGGUAGAAGAAGGGACAAUUGUGUACGACGGACGUGUACUAUUGCAUUACGAUGUAAAAUCAAACGACGGAAGUUCCGAAUUGAAGAAAUUAAAGGCUACAGCGGUUGGAACUGUUCGCAAAUUGUUGGUCAAGGAAGGGGAACUUGUGGAUGGAGGAGCUCCAUUAGUUGAGCUGGAACUAGGAUGUUCCCAUCCUACAGUCAUGAACGAUCUUUGUGCUGAGUGUGGAGCGGAUCUUCGCAGAGAGGAUAUUGUCAGGUCACAAGCAUCAGUGCCGAUGGUACAUAGCGUGCCUGAUCUUAAAGUCAGCGAGGAGCAAGCUCAGAUUUUGGGGAAAGCUGAUGAAGAGAGACUUCUAAAAGACAGAAAACUUGUUCUGUUAGUGGAUUUGGACCAGACAUUGAUUCACACAACUAAUGAUAACAUUCCUAAUAAUUUAAAGGAUGUAUACCACUUUCAACUGUACGGUCCACGCUCACCGUGGUAUCACACACGCUUCAGACCCGGAACUCACCAGUUCCUGGCCAAAGUCAGUCAGUUGUACGAGUUACACAUCUGUACGUUUGGAGCUCGCAACUACGCCCAUAUGAUAGCUCACUUUCUGGAUCCGGAUGGCAAGUUUUUCUCUCACCGAAUAUUGUCUCGUGAUGAAUGCUUCAACCCAAACUCAAAAAAGGCCAACUUGAAGGCUCUGUUCCCGUGCGGCGACGAGCUGGUUUGCAUCAUCGAUGACAGAGAGGAUGUGUGGAACUUCUCCCCCAACCUGAUCCACGUGAAGCCGUAUCACUUCUUCCGUCACACCGGAGACAUCCACGCACCCCCGGGUCUUACCAAGGACGAGAAUGAUGAAAAAGAGGGAUUCGACUUCUCUCAUUUUGCUCAAGGCACGUCCAUCAGGCCUAAAGAACCGGAUCCUGAUAAAGGCAAGAAAAAGAAUAAAAGAAAGGAAGAUUCAAGUGAAAGCGAGUUGGAAGAAGGCGAGUUAAGGUCCCGCAGUAAACAAAACACACCAGAAAAACCUGGGAAAAUCUCAUGUGGAGAGGAACAAAAGGGGUGUGAGGAUAAAAGUGAAGCAACAAGUAUGUGCAAUGAAGUAUCUUCAACAACUGAUGACAACAAAGAGAAUGACAGUGAAGAAAAAAGUGGAGCAAACGAGAUAAACAAGGACGAAAUCAAAGUGGAGAGUACUGGGAACAACCUUGAUGUUAAAGAGAGCAAAAGUAAGGAAGGGAAGGAAAAUUCAAUUGAUAUAGAAGAGAAAGACAUUGAUGGAGAAAAGGUUGCUGGAGUACAGAGUAACAAAAAGUCAAAUGCUGAGGAAGAAAAGAAAAAUAAACCAACAAAAGAAGCAAAUGGUGAAAUAAAGGUUGUAGAGCAUGCGAAAUUGGUAAACGACUACAUAGAGAUUGAAGAAGCCGAUGACUAUCUUAUGUACCUGGAAGAAAUACUGAGGAAAAUCCAUACGUUCUUUUAUGAAAUUGUUGAUGGAAAACGGGAAGGAGACAGAGAUUUGAAAAAGGUAAUUCCAGGAGUGAAGAAGGAAGUGCUGACAGGAACAAAGCUGGCGUUCAGUGGGUUAGUGCCAACCAAUCACAGCCUAGAGCAGAGUCGAGCGUACAACAUCGCUGUGGGUCUAGGAGCGGAAGUAGUGCAAGACCUGACCAAAGACUGCACACACUUGGUGGCUGUGAGAACAGGGACAGCAAAGGUGAAUGCCGCUCGCAAAUUCAAGCAACUCAAAAUGGUGCCGCCUGAUUUCAAACUGGUGUCGCCUGAUUGGCUGUGGUCGUGUGCCGAGAGGUGGGAGAGAGUGGAAGAGGCGUUGUUUCCAGUGGGGGGAGAAAAGGGGGGCACGAGACAACCCCCUUCACACUGCUCCCCUCCGCAUAUCCCACAUACACCCGCGCCACGGCAGCGCAGCGCCUCCGGCCGCUUCAUGGACACCAUCAACCCUCUGAUGACGUUCAGCUCGGAGGACAUAGCAGACAUGGACGCCGAGGUAGAAGACAUGUGUAAUGACGAGUCAGACAGUGAUGGAGAAGGAGAGAAAGAAACAAAAAAGGACACGGUGAGAGAAAGAGUGGCGAGGAAGAGGAAAAAGUCCUUGGAAGGAUACAAGGACGAGGACUCAUCUAGCUCCGAUAAUUCUAUCUCAGGUUCAAUUGUGCCCAAAGGCUGGGGAAAGAAACAGAAGUUAGAGGACGAAGAGGAGGAAAAGGCAAGAGAAUCAUCUGAUAACGAAUCUUUGGCGGAUAUAUUCCGACGGGGAGAAGAACUGCCGAGUGACGUCGAGGAUUUGGGGAGCGAGGAGAACUCGGCCGGAAGUGAAGAUGCUCUAGAUGAAAUCAGCGAUAAAGACUGGAACAUGAUGGGGGCCGCAUUAGAGCGAGAGUUCCUGGAAGGGGAGUGAAUUCUGGAGAGAGGGAAGUUCAAAGUACAGGCAGUUUCUGAAAAGAAGUUUGGAACACUGUUUAUUUUGGACCAAGUCUGGAGCACCAGUAGUUUCCGAAGGAAAGUGCAGAGUACAGGGAAUUUCCAGGAUGUCCAUUUUUCUGGAGUGGGGAAGAUCAGGAGCACGAGAAACUCUGGGAAGGGAAAGAACUCUUGAGAACCUGCCCCACUGUGAUACUUAUGUACCUCUAGAGUUGAGUUAAGGGUAGCAACUAUUUGAUCGUAACAAAUUACUGUGCAACUACUUUUUAUCCAUGAUUCAGUUUAGUGUUGUACAAUGUGUAGGACUAAUCACUUUCAAAUAGGAUUAAAUACUCUCAAAUUUUUGUAAACGGUUUUUACUUAUUGUUUUGCCUUUUUACGUAGGAAUGCAUUCUAGAUGUCAACUGAUUUAUCAGUAAUUUUAUUUUGUUACAAGCUUAUUAAAUAACUGAAUGUUAAAUAUUUUGCUUUAAGGUUAAUUUUGUUUAGUUAAGCAACGUUUAAAUUCUUAAAAUUAGCGUUAAUAGUUUGAAUUGUCAUGAUAAAUGAUUGUUUUAAAAAUUCAUAGAUUUAGCAGUUUUAAGAUUCUAGGAACAUUGUGAAUUUUUUUGUUUUCUCUUCUCGUAAAUACUUUUUAUAACAGAGAAGUUUUAGUUACUGUUAAUAACUUUGCUGCUACUGAUGUUCUUAAAUUUAUUUUAAAAUUGCUCUCGUGGGUUUUAAAACUGAAAGUUAAUGUAAAUUACAUUUAGAUAUAAUUUAUUAAAUAAAACUCUUGUAGAAUUAUUAUGUUUUUCUAAGUGUUUUGAGUGGGAUUACAAUUUUUAAAGCAAUAAGGUAGCAAAAGCCAACAAUUUUAGUUAGCAUUGUGAUAAUUUUAUUGUUUCAUGGUAUAAUUAAACUGAUAAAGUUAAAUAUUAUAAUAUAAUUUUUAGUAUGAAAGUGUUCGGUAUUAUUUCUGAAAAUGCUAACUAUUUGAUAAUAAGCUAUGUAUUUUUCAAUCACAGGAUAAAAAUUAAGUCAU